ACCGGUGUCCUUAAUUUCCGCAUUUGUCUGGUUCACUUCAAUUGAUCUGUCAUUAUCUCCAAAUCAUGUUUAUUUUGACGUUGCUGAUCGUAGCGAGUUUGCUUUUUGAAGGCAGGUUUGAUGCUGUUGAAGACGUCGGAAAUGAAUCAAACGUCUCUACUUAUAUAAUUGGUGCGGUGAUAGACACGACCGACUCUGUUCGAAACAUAUUAUUCAAAGCAAUGCAGCUGGCUGCUGAACGGAUUAACAAUGACCCGAAUCGUCUUCAGGGGUCAAGGAUUGAACUACUCUUUCCGCCAAAUACACCCCCGCCAAAUACAACUCAAUCUUACGAUUCUACUACAACAUUUGGAAGCAUCAAAAUGGUUUCUUCUGCGAUUCGUCAGAAUGCGCUCGCUAUCAUCGGGCCAGUGUCCUCCACGAGGAUCAGAGCGACUUAUCCCAUCAGCAGCGGUCUCCACGUUCCGCAGAUAGCACCUUGGGCAACAGACCCCAGACUCUCCGACAACCACCACCCAUAUUUGUUAAAGAUGACCUCUCCAGACAAUCUGAUGAACCGCGCUAUGUACGACCUGGUCAGCAGCUUCAUGUGGACCAGGGUCUCAAUCCUGACAGAUGACACAGAUUUCGGCUUAAAUGGAGUCAAUGAAUUCAUCAAAUUAGCCUCCAGUGGUGAUGUGAGAAUCUCCGGGGUCUUGUCUUUCCAACCCGUUGAUCCCGAGGUGUUAGACGUCACUGAACAACUGGAAGAGAUAAAGGGAAAAGGCACUACUGUUGUCAUCCUGCACUGCUUUGCCAAGCACGCGAAAGCGAUCCUCCAACAAGCUUACACGAUGGGCAUCCUAAAGUCUAAAUGGGUUUGGAUAGUGACCGAAUUCUCCAGCGAACCACAUUUGAAUAUUCCUAGCAAUUUAACCGGCCUCUUAGGAAUACGACCAUCUUCAGGACAUGGUAGCCUCUACAAGGAGUUCGAGGUUGCGAUGAUGGCUGACAACCCCACGGGGAGUGACCAGCAACAUGUGAUGGCUUUCACACAUGGCCACAAUGCAUGGCGUUGCUACGAUGCCGUGCUAACAAUUGGUUAUGCCUUGGAUGCCUACUUGAAGGAAAACGAGCCCAUAAACCAUCACCACAACUCUUGUAUCUGUGAGACAGGCACACCCUUUCAAUGGGGAGAGAAACUCGUGCGGUACAUGAAAAAGGUAAAAGGUCCAGGAGCUACCUCGGACAUAGAAUUCAACGAGUUCGGUUAUCCUAAAACUGCCAACUUCGAAAUCGUAAAUCUGAAGACAGGCGAAGGUUGGGUAAAGGUCGGCGAUUGGUCAGAAAGCCGGCCGAAUCAUACUCGCCUGGUCUGGGAAAAAGCUCUUGUGACAUUUCCAGGGAAGCCGAAGAGGGUUCCAAAUGGCUACAGAGAUAACAUUAGAGGGACCCACCUGAGAGUAGUCACGGUUCUGGAUCCUCCCUUUGUUAGACGAAGGAGGGACCCAGCCACGUUACUGGAAGAGGAAGAGCUUGAAGGUUACUGCAUCGACUUGAUAAAAAAGCUUCAGCAGCUCCUGCAGUUCGACUACGACAUCUAUCUUGAGGAAAACAAUGUAUACGGCGCACCCACGAAUGGCAGCCUGCUCGAGUGGUCGGGAAUGGUCAAGGAUCUACUACUUGAUAAGAAGGCUGACCUGGCCGUCGCUGCGGCCUUCAUUUCUACGGAAAGGGCAAAAGUCAUAGACUUCAGCACCGCCUACUAUGAAGCUGGGCUAACAAUACUUAUGAAAAAGGAACAAGUCAAGUCGGAAGGAUUCUGGCCUUUCAUUGCUCCUUUCGAUAUGAACCUGUGGAUACUCAUUCUUGUCGGUACCUUUUUCACGACUGGUGCGUUAUAUGUGAUAGAAUUCCUGAGUCCUUACGGGCAGUAUGGCGUCUACAUCCAGCGCCACGACAGGGACGACCAGCAUUUUAGAGACACGCGGUUUUUCAUGAACUUGCGUAAUUCCUUCCAGUUCUGUUAUGCUGCUUUUGUAGGGAUUAAUAUCGAUGGAGUGCCCAGAUCAUUCUCAGGGCGACUUGUGGGCAACUACUGGUAUCUUUUGGUGUUCUUCAUUACUGCCGGUUACACAGCCAACUUCGCUGCAUUUCUGACUAUUAGCCAGAUUAACAAGCAAUCUAUCAGUAGUCUGACAGAGCUGACCUUACAAAACAAGGUCAAAUAUGGCACCCUUGACGAAUCGAAUUUGGCUCACUUCGUCAAUCAGGGGACGACGGAGACCUAUGCCAGGAUGGCACAGCACAAUGAAAACUUUGAAACCAAUGUGCGCUCAGUGGACAGGGGGAUAUGGCAGGUUAAGAAUGGAUUCAAUGGAAAUGAUUACGCCUUUAUCUAUGAUGAGCCGAUCCUGAAGUACAGAGCGAGCAUCGACCCAGAUUGUGAGCUUGAAACCAUUGGAAAGUCAUUCCGCAAAGCUUCAUAUGGAAUAAUGGCGCGCAAAAAUUCUCCAUUUUUGGACACUCUCGACUCAGCAAUUUUGGAAUUGAAGGAGGACGGGUUCAUGGAAGAUCUGGAAAAACUUUGGUUCCAGCGCGGCGAUUGCUAUGAGAUGGAAAAGACGACUACCUUUUCGAACCUUCGACGCAGUGACCUGGUCAUGACGGCCACUCAGAUGUCAGGCAUUUUCAUGAUAGGUGGUGGGGUGAUCGGCAUUGCCCUUAUUCUGGUGAUAUGUGAAUUCAUCUUCGCUUCUGUGCAGGAUAUCAAGAAGUACAAAAAUGAUGAGGGUGCACCAAACACCAUCUUGGAGGCGCUGAAGAUACGAUUGGAUCACGUGAUCAAGGAGAUGAAAAUCCUCCUCAGAAAGUCACUGCUGUGUCAGCACGCGACACAUGACAAGAUGGAGGACGAAAUACUGCGCGAAUCGGACGCUAUGAGAAAGACUGUGAAAUAUCCUGAAAUGUUCACGAAGUUUUAGCGCGAUGAGUUACUUUGCUGGCUUUGUCAUAGAAAUAAGGAAGGUUUACGGAAGGAAGAAGAGUAAACCUUUGAUUUCACUAAUCUUGAUGGCGUAUAGUGUUGCCUAGCUCUUGCGUACAUGAAAUUAUUCUGCAUCAUUGGUGCACAAAGGUUGUAGUGAUUCCAGAUGUCACAAUAGUUUGAAAAAAUACCCAUAUACUAUCAUGUAAGGUGAAAUGGGGUAUUUGUAGCCCCGAUCUAAUUGUAGCCCCUGACAAUGUUUUGGUAACCAUGGAAUUAUUCAGCCAACGCAAGCAUGUAUAUAAAGAGGUGACUCUUGAGUAUCACAACAUAGAUAGUUUUGGAUUUUGCAACAUGUUAUGUAAGAGCAUUGGCUAUAAGAAGUAAACAAAUCAGACACAUGCACAAAAAAAGUUGGGAACGAACUUUUUACAGGUAUGAAUUUUCCACACUUACAGAGCAUUAAUAUAUUUGAAACUUGGUUCAGGUGAUCAGUAUUGAGUGUAGAGAAUGUUAUAUGCGGCAUUUGAUGUAAUUAUCAAAAUCAAAUUUUUCAGAGACACUUUUCUGACCAAGGUCCCCUGGGGUUAUUUGUAGGCCCUAUAAAAAGCUCAAUAUCCUGUCAUAAAUCAGGAAGAUGCUAGGUUUCUUUAUUCUUAUACCUGAAGUAUAUUAUUUGAUCAUAAAUAUAUCCGAUUUCGAUACAAAUUUAACCCUUUAUGUACCAACAAUGAUACAUUUGAGGUUUCAUACUUGUUCAUCUAACAUUAUUUCGUAAUAAUGUUAAUAUUUUCAGAGUUACUUGUGUCUCUAGUUAAGUCAUACCAUCGACUAGAUGGCAGCAUUUAUUAUGGUACACUUCACCAUUGAGUAAUGCCAGCUAUAGUUGGAGUUGAUACGUGACCCAUACCUGAAACUACAGUUUUUAAUGGAGCACGACAAGACUGUCAGUUAAUUCAGAAUAUCACAAGAUGUUGUCUGACACAAGGUGUAUUAUACAAAUAAGGGGAUAAAUCAUACUUUGUAUUUUUACAUAAGUUUAAAAUCAGUCUGAUUUUCGACGAUAUUGUUUAAAUUGUUGGUAUGUGAUUGCAUCGAACAUCUCUUAAUGUAUUCAAUAAAUACCGUUUGAUACCAGCAAAAUCUCGUCGUCAACCUAGAUUGGAAUAAUAUGGAAAGUUUUAUUACCAAUAAAGACCAUAAAUCUGAGAAGAAAUGUUCUCAUACAUAAAAAAACAUGCAAUUUAAAAUUUCAGUCAGGGGCUACAAAUACCCCAAGGCCACGGAGUAUUUGUAGCCCCUGACCACGGGUCUUGUACUGUCUCUCAGAGGCAUUGUUUUAGAUUAAAUGUAGGCUAAAAAAUUAGGAAGAAAUGCCACUACAAGAUGCAAGCCGGUUUUAGUGAGUCUGCCUGGAAAUCUCUUGCGAAACCAAAGAUAUAGGUGAAAGAGGGGCUACAAUUACCCCAUUUUACCUUAUAGAAUGUUUAACUAGUUAUUGGUUCUAAUUCAGCUCUAAUUAAUUAACCAUUGAACGUAUCAGAUUGCUUCUGCCUAAAUUAUCUUAUUAUAAUCCCAUACUUAUUAUUCCCCGGCAACAAAUUGUGUUAAACCGGGCUAAUUAAAAAAUCGAUUUUUAAAAAAAUCAAAAAAGGCAGAGUGCCAAUCUUCCAGAUCAAUUAAUAAAAAAGAGUUUGACAUUGAGGGUUAAGUUAGACAUGUUAGAUGCUGUGAGGAUCUCACCUGGAUGCAUGCAACCUUUAUUAUGUGACAGAUGUAUUAGCAUCGAUAACUACGUGACCAUUCAUGAUAUUGCUGCAAUGCAGAAGACAGAAAUGCACUGAACACAUAACA